AUGGGAGCGCCAGGAGCCGGAGGUAGCACCAUAAGCAUCGCAGCAGGAGCCGCAUUUUCAGGACACGUGUCGCUCUACGAUAGGAAGACUGCUGCAACGUCAGCUGCCGCGUCAGCUCCUCGCGCGCCGUUGUUGCUAGUGGAGUGUAGACGCGGGAGGUCGUCGCCUUACGACAGAGAUAGAGGGGGAAACAGAGAGGGAGAUGGGAAGAGGGAGAGAGGCGGAAACAGGGAGAGAGGCGGAAAUGGUGACGCGGGGAGGGGUGGUGGUCCGCUGAGUGCGGGUGGCGAUAAGGCUGACGUGGCACAGCAUCCGUACGCGAUAAAGAUUGUGACUCCACCAGCCAGAGAAUUGGGGAUUCAUUGCCUGCCUCCGAACACGCAGUGCGGUGGGACGGUGGAGAUAGAGGGCGAGAGCUACGUGGUGCUGGGGGUGACGUACCAGUACCGGCUGCACAAGGAACACCCAAUGCGGAGAGACAUUGGAGAUCGAGGGCGAGAGCUACGUGGUGCUGGGGGUGGCCUAUUGAACACCCAAUGCGGAGAGACAUUGGAGAUCGAGGGCGAGAGCUACGUGGUGCUGGGGGUGGCCUAUUGGUACCGGCUGCACAAGGGUCGGUACACCGCCAGGGAGCGACACGCUCACUUCAAAUGCUCCCUUUUUUCCCCCGGGACACUCAAUACAGCAGAGAGAGUGGAGACUGAUAGCGAGAGCUGUGUGGUGCUGGGAGUAUUAAACCCCACUCCUCCAUCCUCUCGCCCCUAA